AUGGAACUAUCAAAAUCUCAUAUAAUUGCUGUUCUUUUGUUGAGGGGCAUAUCUUUACUUUUCCUAUUACUAUCAUUCGUAAUCCUUCUUAACAAUGGUAAUACCCAUAAAGAAAAUGGCCGAGAUUAUUUCUUCUUGAAGAUUAAAAGCUACAGCUACAUGUUUGCUGCAAGCAUCAUUGGCAUUGGAUGUACCAUUUUGCAAACAAUUGCAUUUGUAAUCUUCCAAAUCGUGAUGGAGAGCCACAAAUUCAUUAUAUUUGAAUUUUAUGGUGACAAGGUUAUAUCGUACUUAUUACUCAGUGCAGCAGCAGCAGGACUUGGUGCUAGCAUAGAUGUAGAGUCACACUUAAUUGAUAAAUCAAACGAUCAUUUCAACAACUAUCUAAGUAAGGGAUUUGCUGCAGCUAACCUCCUUCUCCCAGCAUUCGUAUGCACCUCCACAUUGUCAAUUCUCUCUUCCUAUGCAUUGGCAAAGAAAGUUUAG